AUGACAGCUCCUGAAGACGCAGAGUAUCUCGCUCGUCCAGAGGGUCCUCGCGAUAGCGAAAUCACUUUGCAGGCUCAACAAGGCCUGCCACUUGUUCUACCAUGGGGUCAUAUUCCUGUUCGACUUGGAACCACUUUUCAUUCCAAUCGGCAAUCGACAAACAAUCCUUGGUCAGAUGAAACACCCUUCGUACUCUCCGAUCUACAUAUGAUACCCAAGGAGCUGCACUUUGAGUAUGGGACUACUUCAACGUUCAAAAAGGUCAAGACCACGACUGAGCGAGAGACGGCUGAUCAUCUGACAUUGGGCUUUGGCGUUGGUGUUGGACUCCCCUUCCUUGCUUCAGCCAGUGUAAAGGGCACAUUCGACAAGGAUUUGCAAGAAAACACAGAUUCUGACAAGAUAUCCCUAAACGCAUGCUUUAGAGCUGGAACGAUCGAGUUCCAACGCCAGCCUCGAUUGACCGAGGAGGCCAUUAUCGAGAUCAAGUAUGGUCAGGGUUACAAAGGACUUUGUGAGAGAUACGGCGACUAUUACCUCGCUGGCUACCGCCUCGGUGGCGAUACAGGUAUUAUGAUGAGUUCAUCUGGCCACACGCGAAAAGAAACCGACACUUAUGGAAUCACUGCCAGUGUCACAGUUCUGUUCAUAACAGCAAGCAAGCACUGGGACAAAGACUUCAAAUCGUUCGUCAUUGGCCGCCAAAUCCGCCUCUUAGGUUAUGAUACACUCGAUGGCAAGACCUGGAAACGGGAUAGCGCAGUUGGGUCAGAUGUAGCUGAGGUGAAAGCUUGGGGGGCUUUUGAUGAAGAGGCUGAUAUGAAUACGCUGAGAGGAGAUACGGAGGAAAUUAUGACAAGGUCGGAGAACGGACUAGAGCGUAUUGUGAAGAUAUUGGAUUGUCAUGGCUACCGCAAUGGAGAGAGUUUGACUUUUAGUCAAUGUGAGGCUCUAUUGACAGAAGGUGUAGUCGUAGAGUUGUUGCUAGAACCAAUGUGGAGGUUACGCGACGUGGUAAGGUGGCGCAUGGAGAAUAAUAUCAUCUAG